GCUAUUGUUUUUUCCUCUGACGUAAAUUUCGCGCCGGAAGUGGGAGAAGCCUGCGGUCCAUCUGGAGCUAUGGCGGCGGUAGAUAUCCGAGACAACCUGUUGGGAAUUUCAUGGGUUGACAGUUCUUGGAUCCCUAUAUUGAACAGUGGAAGUGUCCUGGACUAUUUCUCUGAAAGAAGUAACCCUUUUUAUGAUCGGACUUGUAAUAAUGAAGUGGUCAAAAUGCAGAGGCUCACAUUGGAGCAUUUAAAUCAAAUGGUUGGAGUCGAGUACAUCCUUUUGCAUGCCCAAGAACCCAUUCUUUUCAUCAUUCGGAAGCAACAGCGGCAAUCUUCUACACAAGUCAUUCCAUUAGCUGAUUAUUAUAUCAUUGCUGGAGUAAUUUAUCAGGCACCGGAUUUGGGAUCUGUCAUAAAUUCUAGAGUGCUCACAGCUGUGCAUGGAAUUCAGUCAGCUUUUGAUGAAGCUAUGUCAUACUGUCGUUACCACCCUUCCAAAGGGUACUGGUGGCACUUCAAAGAUCAGGAAGAACAAGAUAAAGCAAAACCUAAAGCCAAAAGAAAAGAAGAACCAAGUUCUAUUUUUCAGAGGCAGCGUGUAGAUGCUUUACUCCUAGAUCUACGACAGAAAUUUCCACCCAAAUUUGUUCAGCAAAAGCCUGGAGAAAAGCCUGUCCCAGUGGAUCAGACCAAGAAGGAGCCAGAACCUAUACCUGAAGCAAUAAAAACAGAGGAAAAAGAGACACCCAAAAAUGUCCAGCAGACAACCAGCACUAAAUGUCCCCCUGAGAAACGAAUGAGACUACAAUGAAUGUUGGGCUGUUGUUUUCCCAGCACCAAAGAGAAAUAUACAAAAUUCCCUUUUCCAGGUGACAUCAGACUUCUGCUAUGAAGACUUUAUAUAUAUAAUUACAAGAUUUAAAAUUCCUUGUUAAAAGUUCUCUUUUUAAUAAAAAGCUUUGGUUUCC